CAUCAACAAUGCCGCAUAUCUGCUGGUUGCAGCUCACUUUGUUCAUACAACUUUUCACUGUUAUUCGAUUCUCACUGGCAACUCAACCCGGUGGGACGGUAAUAGCGUGUGGUGGAUUUGUUCGCUGGAAAGAUUCCAGUGUUUCUUCUCAGAUUCUGUUUCACAAGCUCAAAGUGAAUGUUUUCUCAGAACCCAGUAGAGCACUGCAAGAUAUCACGGAUGUACUUCCGAAUGGGGCCUAUUCCGUUGCUCUCUACGAUCAGGGUCCUUGCCGUUUAAGUUUGGUCACGCCGAGGGGUUGGCAUUUUUAUCCAGCUGAUGGGCACCUUAUCGAUGUUCGGUCUGAUCCCGACGUAUGUGUUGGCAAUCUGGACUUUGUCCUUUCGGGGUUUACCAUAUACGGACAGGUGGUAACCUACGGCUUAACCACGGGGCCGUCAGGUCUCACUAUCCGAAUGACUUCAAACAACACGAGUUCUUUGUUGCCCUCAAGUAUCACGGAAGUUGGAGGUUCUUUCGCCCUAGCCCCUAUCCUUCCGGGUGUUUACGAGAUAACUGUAAGCGAUGGAUCUGAACAGGCGUCCGAACACGUCAGGGCCCGUGUGAGCUUCACAGUGGGCGCGGACAGUCUUUCUCUUCAAGAACCCCUUAUUUUAAUGGGCCACUUUGUACAUGGUCGCAUUGUCGACUUUCAAGCGGAAGCGCUUGCUGGAGUUACGGUGCAUUUAUUCAUGGAUUCUACUCAGGGUGAUCAGCCCAAGGUGGAUUGUAAUAUGCCCCUGGUUCCGUCGACAGACUUCCCAGAAGAACUUCGAUCAGAGAAGAAGCUUGUUUGUGUGACCAAAACUGACAAUACUGGUCACUUUUCGUUCGACCGUUUGCCUGGUGGAAAGUACGCCAUAUUUCCGCAUUAUUCAAUGUCCACAAACAAACCGUCCGUAUCUGUUUCGUUCUCACCGAUGAUUGUUUCGGUGGCAGUGGAACAUGCGGACUUGGAUCUGGGUCAGUCAACCUUUCACGCAGAGGCGUUCGAACUGCCGGCUGGCAGGGUUGUUUGGCCAGAUGAUACGCCGCUUCCAGGUGCAAAGGUCUAUUUCGGCGACCGAGCAGAACCGCUUCUGAGCGAUUCGAACGGGUUUUACCAGCCCGGAUUUAUCAAACCCCGCCAGUAUACAAUCAGAGUAGAGGCGAACAAUGUGCUGUUCUCCACCCAUGUUGUUGAGCUGACCCCCGGCUCACAGCGCUUGCCAACACUUCAGCCCAGUCAUUUAGCGCUCUGUGGUCGUGUUGAGGCGGUAGAAAAGCUGGGUUCCGGAGCCCUUGAUACAACCUCCAUCGUUGUAGCAGACAAACAUACAGGAACUAGACAAGACGCGGUGGCUUUCGACCAUCAAACAAUGCGUUUCUGUGGCUAUUACGUCCCUGGUCACUACGAACUAACUGCAGAUAUCCGUCUUGGGGACCGACGACUACACUUUGCUCCGGAUUCACAUUCCGUUCAUCUUUCUAACCGACCGAUUUUGGAUUUGGUAUUCACUCAGUUCCGCGCCAAUGUAACUGGUCGGGUUCAUUUGCUCGCAAUUACAGCGGACAGUUCCUCCAAACUGGGACAGCUUGUCGCACGUUUCAGGACUGCUGGCCAGAAUGAGGUGCGCUACAGCCCACUUAUGGACACUCAGAACAAACCUUCCACUAUGCAGUUCGAGUUGACAAACAUGUUACCGGGUGACUAUCACGUGGACCUAGUGCUUAAAGACGAAUUUGGACAAGUUCAUCCGCUAGAUGGCUGGUGUUGGAAGCCCGUGACCGAACUUCAGGACCCAAAUGCCUCGCAAUCGGGGGGAGCUCGUUUGCUACGAGUACGCUACACAAACCUAGAUUGGAACAAGGAUCCAGCCCUGCAGUUUGAACAGUCGGGCUAUGCAGUUCGUGUACAAAUUGACGCGCCUUUGGUGUUCAGCAGAAUGCCAAAUGUUUUGCUUCGAGCUACCGCAUCUUUUGGUAACCACACGGAAACGUUGACUUGGAAAUUGUCCGCUUACUCAGCUCAGAUUUGUCUUCCGUCAUCGAAACAAAACUACCGCUUUACGCAGUCCAGUCCUUGUGUAGACCUGCUUGGGCCUGUACCCAUUCAAAUACUUCCUUCUAAAGAUUGUCACACUCAGAUCGACAAAACUCCGACGCUUCGACUGUCUGUCAACAAGGUCCCGGUCAAGGUUCGCUUGGGUUUUUCGCAUCCAUUUGGAACAGCCAGUGACCGUGAAUUACUAACGAAAGAUUACGUUCCAGUCGAUGUAACUGAACACGGGGAAUCUCUGGAAACCGAUGGCACCACACACAACGUAUUAGCCAAGUGGUCCUCAGGUGGGGAUCAAGACUUACUGUAUGCAGAAGCCUCCGUCAAGGUGAAUCCUAACCACAUUAUCAACAUCAAACCCAGACCUGCUCCCCUACAUGGUCCUCGAUGGUCCUACACUUAUCUGCUCAAGGACCCCAUCACAUUGGUGCUACGACCACGAGAUAUAUCACCGAUAGUGAAAAACGAAGUUGCUUCCUAUCCUCUUCUGGUUCCCAGUCAGGAUUCAUCUGCUCAGACAGAGCAGUCAUGCUACGAUUUGUAUCGUGGUCAAACGGCUGAGUUUGAUCUAGAAUUGGCCGUUUUGCUUCGUGGUGUGGUGCAACCAGGUAUACCCAAGGUUGAAGUCAGUCUGUUCCGAGUAGCACCUUCCACGGAUAGCUCAGAAUCUACCAGGUCACCACUCCUACCGCUUCACGGUAAAGCCACAGACCAAUCAAACUAUACGGAAAAUGAUACGCCUUCACACGUUCUCCCACCAUCCCAGCAGACGGAUUCGUUUUUGUCUGCUAUAGCGACAACUCUAACAGACACCAAGGGCGUUUUCUUCUUUGGCCCGAUUCCCCUGAACCCCACCGCGGUAUCUGCUAAGAACCAAGCCAGUUUACCUGAUCCUCGUACCAUGUUUCGUGUAGAGUUGAGUAAGGCAGGCUACGAAUUUUCAGAACACACGCUGGACGACAAAUUUUCUCCAUCCAACUGGGUAUUCAAGGCGACAAAGUUAUCUCUGGUCGAAGUCCUCGUGCAGACCAAGGGUGCGGACAAACGACCAUUACAAGGUGUCCUCGUCUCGAUCAUCGGAGAGGGUCACCGUGGUAACCAGUUUACGGACCAUCUUGGAAUGGCAAAUUUCGUUGGAUUGGCACCGGGUCAGUAUUACCUACGCGCAGUGAUGAAAGAGCAUGUAUUCACUGUGGUCAAACCAAAAUCCGAGAACACUGGUCAAGCAAGUCCAAUCCUAAUCAAAGAAGGAGCGUCGGUUCGGGUGGAAAUCGAAGCCGAUCGUGUGGCUUUCUCCGCCUCUGGCUUGGUUGUGGCUCUUGGGGACAACCCAGAAGCCAACGUACUGGUCGAGGCGUCCUGGAUUUCUCACCUUCCGGAACAUGCUACCGCCAUGGAAUUUCCGCUCCACACCAAUACGGUUUGUCAGCUUGCGGGCAGCGACGCAUCUGCCGUUCCACGAGAACAAUCAUGGACUGACUCAAAUGGAACGUUUUGGAUUCGUGGACUUUUACCAGGUUGUUACUACGCCGUUUCCGUCUACACCACACCCGUGGAACAGGUCCCUUCGCUACUCUUGAACAAGGCGGAAUUAGACAGAAAGCCAAUCAUUGAUCGCGCGAUACCCGAGGUCCUGUAUUUACUCAUGCCCCCUCACGAUGCUUUGGGGCUCAAGUUUAUCGCCAUUCAACAAGCGUUUAUGUCCACUCUCACGGUUAGCGUCGAUACAGAUGACGAAUUCGUGUCCUCUCUACGACUCACCCUGUUUCCUUUGGAUCGACCUGAUCAUGUGGUUGCAACACAUGACUUUUCUAAGUCUCUUUUCUUCGUGCUGCCUCAUUCUAAAAUGCGCCAUGUCGUUGGGCGAGAUCAUAUUUUGCGUCUGGAAAGCACCCUGGAACCCACGUUGUUCAUGGAUAUUGGAACCCAGCAGAUGAUAAUACAUCCAAGAAAUUCCGCUCGUUCGGAACUCUAAUCAAUGUGACCGAUCGUUUAGUCUUCGAACAGUCCCCUGGCUGUGUGAUUUCGGGGUUCCUCCACAACGGCAGUUUCGAGCAUCCCACUGUAAACUUUUGGAUGGAUAACUACUGUUCUAUUUAGCCUUUUGUAUGCGUCUGGUCCUAUGUUUUGUACCUUCCAAUUGAUAGUUG